ACCCAUUUUUGAGAGGCUUCAGGGCUCGCGCAUGGUUGAGUAUGAGUAGCCCUGCAGUUUAUUAGCUAGGGAAGCGGUUAAAUUUAAUUUCUGGCGGAGUCAAGAAACCAUCUAGCGGAUUACGUUGCGUGGAGACAAGAAUUGUUGAGGUUGCCGUACUGUUUCUAGGAUGCCACAAACCAUUCGAAACGACGACCGCGGAGAGGAAGACGAGAUUGUUGAUGUGGAAAUUGUAGAUUUGGAAAAGAAACGUGAACUGCGAAAGUACUACGUUUAUGUUAUUGAAGUGUCAGUAAAGCGUGGACCGAAAUACAUUGUCUACCGUCGCUAUAACCAAUUCCACAAUCUCCAUCAAGUGCUAGACGAACGUUACCCAAUUGAAGCUGGUCACAUUGAUGCCAAGGAUCGAGUACUGCCUAAUCUUCCAGGCAAGAUAUAUUUGGGAAGAAGUGCGGUUAAGGAUGUGGCAGAAGAAAGAAUUCCGCAGUUAAAUGUCUUCAUUAAGACACUCAUUGGAUUGACUAGAAAAAUUAGUCAUGACGAAUUUGUGCAGCGUUUCUUGAGGCAAAAUGAACAUGAUGGUAAACCAUACACGGGCUCCUUUCCAUACAGAGGACAAAGUGGAGGUGGAAACUCCCCGAAGAGGCAGAGAGAGGUUCGGCCUCCUCCUCCAGCUAAAAAGCUGCCUGGUCCUCCUGCUAGACCUCCAGCUCCUCCAAAGAGGCCAGCAAAAGGGCCAGUUUUACCACAGAAAAGAUCAGGUUUAAGUCCUGCUGCGGGAUUGCUAACUGUUCCUCUUCCAUCAAAGCCUCCUGUUGCAAAGAAACCAAUUAAAGGACCAAGAGCACGGGGACUUCAUACGUUUAACGCAAGGAACAGUGAGGAGCUUAGCUUUAAGAAAGGUGACAUUAUAAAGCUGAGACAGCGAAUCAGUGAUGACUGGUUGGAGGGUGAACUGGACUGUUGCAAAGGGUUGGUACCUAUUACUUACGUAGAAAUAAUUGAAGAUUUGGUACUGGAGCACUCUGAUACAGAUGAGUGGGAUGAUGAUGACGAUGACGAUGAGACACGACAUAAAACUAUAAAUGUGCUGUGCAGAUACAAAGGAAAUGAAAGAGUAAUUGGAAUCCCACAGAAGGUUGCUCAUGAGCCAUCAUACUUGUCACUUCUUGCUGCUGUCAAAUCAGCUCUUAGUGAUUUCAAAGUUACAUUAAACUACAAGGAUGUUCAAGGUGAUCUUGUUCGUAUCUGUGAUGAUGAUGAUAUUAGAUUGUUGAUGAGGGAAGGUGUACCCAAGAAACCAGGACCAAAGUUGCCCAAUCGUGUUCAGUGGCAACUUCAUGUGACUCGUAGCGGAGAUCUGUCUGUCUACAAUGUUAAGCCUAAGAAGCCUAAAGCUAAGACAAAGUGAUGUUUUUAUGUUUGUGGCAUAAAUUUCUUCUGGGUUCUACUGAGGAUUAUGCGAUUGGUAUAUCUGAUGAUAGACCUUCUUGUUAGUAAAUGUACAGGUGGAGUCGAUUGAUUGCUGUAACUUCAUGCUUGCCAGUAAUAUCUAGACUCACAGUAUGGUUUAUUAUAUGUACUGUACAUGAGUAAUUUAUUGCUAAAUUAUCUCUCACAUGCAAUCCAAACAGCGU